AUGGAGGAGGACGAAGACGACUUCUAUGGGGGUGCGGGUAACGGCGCGCACGGUACUGAGGGUGUCGCCUCACCGGGAGACGAUGAAGUCAAAGCAGAACGGAUGGACUACAGCGACGGCAACGAUGAAGAAGAGGAAGAGGACAGUGAUGAUGAUGUUCAGUUCACAUUAGAGAAACCGCCGGACGCCCCCAAAACAGAAUCCACUCCCACAACACGAACAACACGACAACAAGCCGCCUCACAAGAACGCAUCUCAUCCACCGACCCCCGCCAAUCACGCUCCACCCCACCAGUAAAAUCCGAGCAGCGCGCCCCAUCAACCAGCACCCCGGCCCCACCCACCAGCAUCAAAGGCAUCCUCAACCACGACGGCAAAGAAGGCAAAGACUUCCCCGAACACCGCCACAGCAAAGUCGACGUCACCGCGACACCCACUUGGCCCGCAACCGGGAAACCCAUCACCGAACUCGACCUAGACGCCGACAUCGCCGAGUCGUCGCGCCUCUGGCGCCUCCCCGGCACGGACCAGACGGACUUCUUCAAUUACGGCUUCGACGAGUACACGUGGGCGCAGUACUGCUUGCGGCAGCAGAGUAUGUCCGACGCCAUCUCCGACCAGAAGCAGCAGGAUGCGCAGAUGAAGGCCAUGUUUGGCGGCGGCGGCGCGAAUGGGAAUGCUGCGGGCCCGAACGCAGGUAUGCCGCCUGGCAUGCCGCCUAUGCCGGGCAUGCCCAGUCCAGAUGAGUUCUUCCAGCAGAUGAUGGCCUCCGGUAUGAAUCCAGGGGACCAGAACCAGUUCAUGCAGAUGAUGAUGGGGGGCGGCAUGCCGGGCAUGCCCGGUGCACCGUCAGGUCCGUCGAAUCAGCAGGGCGGUGGAUUUGGGGGAAACACUGCUUCGCCUCAACCGCCUAUGGGACAAGGGUUUCAACCGCCGUCGGGCCCUGGAGGCAUGCAGGGGGAUCAAGGGUUUGGUGGGAAUACGGACGGGUAUAGUGCGCAGCAGCUUGCCAUUAUGCAGCAGCAGCAAGGAGGAGGAGGUAGGGGACGUGGAAGGCGAGGACGUGGAUAUUAUUGA